GAUGCGUACUGUGCGGAGCAGGCUGGGAGGGACGGCACAGAACCAAACGUCAGACACAAGGCAUUGUGUUCUAAGGGUGCCAUAAACUGUUGCUUUAUUUAAUGUGGGACGAUACAGCACAAGACGUCAGACAGCAAGGCAUUGUGUUCAAAGGGUGCCAUAAACUGCUGCUUUAUUUAAUGUAUUUUCGCAGAACAAGACUGUGACAGGGGCCGUGGCUUCCUGGGUGUGCUGGUUCAAGCUUGGUGCCUGCCGGGAGGUGCCUACAGGGCCACCAAGGCUAAUAUUGGUAAGAAACCCGCCCACCAUUUGUCCAGCCAGGUAAUUUGCACAGUCUGAUGUAAUAGGCGGUAACUGUGACGUGUCACCCACAACAACAACACAGGUCUGUCAGGUCAGUGGUUAACCUUACUGUUUAUUUAUUGUUAAGCCUCGCAUUUCAUGUUUUUGCACCUCGUUAGGAAUAUAUUGAUGUGACUCAGCAUUCCACGGUGCCACAAGCGCUCCAAGCCUCCACCACAAAACUCUUACUAAUUAACCAUGACAGGAAUUAUAAAGACGUUAAAAAAAUACACUUAACUAAUGUUAUCAGCCGAGGUGGAGGCAGCCUUCCCCAUUUGUCCGCCAAUAUCUGCUUCAUUUCUCACUUAUUGUAAGCCUACCACGUCACUAAGUGGAGCCCCAUGACUAGGCUUUCAUAUCUGCUAGCUAGAUACAUCCGCCAUUGCCUCAUUUAGUUACGAUGGAAGAAUAACAGGCAAAAUAGCGGCCGUUCUCUCUACUGUCAAGGGCCGCCAUGAUGCCUGGCUACCUCUGCCAACCUGAUUCAACCUGUGGGUUCCAAAAUUUUUUUGGUAUUUUUCUUAACUUCUUUAAUCUGCUCGUAUAGCAUGUUUUUAUGGUUUAUAAAAAUAAUUAUUUGCUUUAGAAGUGUUUUCAUUGCAUGUGUUGAGUUGUGUUCAAUUUUGUGUUGCUUUACGAAAAUGUGGGGAGUUUUUUGGCAGUAUUUUGACAAACUUGUUUUUUUAUUUCACGCUCUAAUUACGUCUUUUGUGUUUCUAAAAAUUGCUUAUGAUUUUUAAAGUGUUUUUUCGUUCCUGUUGAGAGAAAUAAGUGGACUUUAAAAAUGGUUUAUGGUCCUGUUAAAAGUUGUGAUUACAACACUUUUUAUGUUAUUGUUUCUCUAUUUCAGCUUGUAACUAACUUUUCAUUGCUUGAAAAAAUAGUUCGUAUGUUUUAAAGUGUUUUAUCUUGUUGUUGAGUGAAAAUGGGUGGACUUUUCAAUGGUUUUUAAUCGUAUUUAGGUUCCAACACUUGUUUUUUACACAAUUUCGGUUUCAUUUGUUUACUUCUUGUUCCAAGUAACUUUUGAUGAUGUAAGAUGAUAGUUUAGAUUUUUUAAAAUUUUUUACGUUCCUGAAAAUUCAAAUGUUGGGGACUUUUCAAUUAUUUAAAUGGGGCCGAAUAUUUCAACAUUUUUUCCAUAAUUCAUUUGGAUAUUUUUUAAAUACUACUCAGGCUGGAGCUGUUAUAAUAUUGUGAAUAUUAGUCAAAGUAUUUGUCAAGUCAGAAUAUAUAAGGCAUUCGGGCCUAGCUCCAUUUUUUCGAGGGGUCAAUUUCAAAAUGAAAUCUGUUACGGUACGUAAAUUAGCCGUGACGUCACGGCCGCCAUCAUGGACCCGGGACCUUGAUCGGCUCCGCUGUCUCCUCGGUAAUAUUUAUCGUAUUUUGCAGUGUUUUCCAGGUGUUUCCAAGUGUUUCUAAACUCAGACGUGUAGAUAAGAGUAGAAUGAGUAAGAAAAUCAGAGAAAUAGAGGAGAAAGAGGAAGGGAGAAGGAAUAGAGGAGGUGGUAAAACAGAAAAAUGCUAAGAAAACAAUAUUUAGGUUAAUUUUCCCUGCUGCCCUGUCUGUCUUUUUAGUAUUUGUCUUCCGUGACAGUGCUUUCAGUAUAUUUGGUGUGUUUAGGGGGUGUUGGAGUGUGUCUGGAGGUGUUUAGGUAGUGUUGGAGUGUGUGUUUUAGGGAUUUGGUGAUGUUUGAGUCAAUAUUUAGCGUUCCUGGUGUGUUUUGGGGUGUCUUAGGCUUGUUUAGAAGUGCUUUAAGUGUGUUUUGGACUGUUUUCAAUGUUUUGGGAUGUUUCAAGUGUAUUUUGGGAUGUUAUGGAUGAGUUUGGAUGUGUUUUGUGUGGAUACGGGUGAGUUUUGGGUGCAUUUGUAGGUAUUUUAGGUCAGUCUGGGUGUGUUUUGGGGUGUUUUAAGUGUGUUUUGGACCGUUUUCAGUGUUUUGGAAUGUUUUAAGUGUGUUUUGGGAUGUUGUGGAUGAGUUUGAGUGUGUUUUGGGUAGGUACGGUGUGUUUUGGAUGCGUUUUAAGUCAAUUUGGGUGAGUUUUGGAGUAUUUUAAGUGUGUUUGGGGAUAUUUUGGUACACUUUCGAUGUGUUUAGGAUGUUUUUUGUGCGUUUAGGAGUGUUCUGGGUAUGUUUAAGGUGUUUUAAGGUGUUUUAGUGUGAUUGGAGUUGCUUUUGGGGUGUUUUGGUUAUGUUAUAGGCAUGUUGCAGAUAGGCAUUGGGUCUUUGAAGGUAGAAGUGGUGUGCUUGAGGUAAAAUAAAAGAUUCUGGGGUGUUUUGGGGAGGGGCUGUGAUAAUAGAAGCAUGUCAGGGAUAUUAUAGCGUGUGUUGUGAUAUAUGAAAGGAGGGAAAGUGUGUGUGUGUGUGUGUGUGCUUGAAGGAAGAAAGGGGUGGUGUUUACGGGUCUGGGAUGGGAAAACAAGUGAUUUGUUUUGUAGCCUUCAGAAAAAAAAUAUUAAGAAAGUUUUUACAGUGGGAAAAUUUUGGUGGUGAGGGAGAAAAUGACUGAAAUAUUACCUCAAAUUUAACCUAACGUGGUGGAGCUUCACACUUCUCAGCUGCCCCUAACCAAACCAAGCCUAACCCAAAGAAGCCUACCCUAACUUCUGUCUGGUGCUUCCUCCUCCCCAAGAAUGGCUAUCUCGUGUCUUAAUCCCAAGCUAGCCUAACCAAACUUUACCUAACGUAACCUAAGCAAUUCUAACCUAGCCAAACCUUACCUAAGCAAGCCUAACCUAGCCAAGCCUUACCUAACCUAACCUCACCUAACCUAAAGAACCCUAGCCAAACCUAACAUAACCUAGCCUAGCCUAACCUAACCUAACCUAACCUAAGUAAACAAAGCAUAGCCAAACCUUACCUAACCUAUCCUAACCAAACCUAACCUAACCUACAUCAUCUUCCCUCAUCACUUCCCACUUAACCAAACCUAAUGUAACUUUCAGAGCAAUGGCAACCCUCCGAUCCUGCAAGCAAGUUGGCGGCAGCGAUGGCGGUGGGGGUGGCAGUGGUGGUGAGGUGGAAGGCAGGGACAGAGGGGCAGUACAGGCUGCGGACAUCAAGGAGAAGAAGAACACGCGGACAAGCAAGGUGGUAUUCGGCAGUCUGAUCCUGGACCUGCUCGGCUUCAUGGUGGUGCUGCCUCUGAGUCCUGCUCUCCUUGACUAUUACUCCAAGCACGACUCCAGUGGCUUGUAUUCCUCUCUGCUCUCCUCUGUUACUUAUUACCAGCAUAUCAUCAGCAUCCCUGCGAGGCACUGAUUGGCAUGGCAUUCAGCGUAGGCUUCACCAUCAGGCCAACUGUAGGGACCGUGUUCUCCCACUGGGAAAGUACUGGGUGGUUCUCGGCCUAAGCUGUCUACACACUCACUCUCGCUGUGGCUAACAUAAUAUUCUUUGCUGUCUUCUUCCAGGAAUCGCUGCCUGAGGGCCUAAUGAUGAUGAUUCCUGCUUUCAUCCUCAUCGGGGCUAGCGAGACCAACCUGGGGCUGUACUCUGGACUGAUGUUGUAUGCCAUAGGUUCCUCUAUGAUGGUGCCCUGCCUCACUGCCCUCGCCUCCUGUCACGGCGCGGCCUCUCACAAGGGUACCCUGCUAAACUUGAGAAGGAUAAUCAACACAAAGGUGAUUACAAAGCGUUCAUGGAUGACAUGAUUACAAAGGGUUAUGCAGAGGUUGUACCGACAAAGGAUUUAGUUAGGAAUGAUGGUAAGGUCUGGUACAUUCCAUAUCAUGGAGUCUAUCAUCCAAGAAAGACAAAGAAGUUGAGAGUUGUCUUUGACUGUAGUGCAAAUUACAGGAACCAGUCAUUAAACCUGUUACAAGGCCCAGACCUUACCAACAAACUUAUUGGAGUGUUGUGUAGGUUUAGGCAAGAAAGCAUUGCACUUAUAUGUGAUAUAGAAGCAAUGUACCAUCAAGUGAAGGUCAACCCAGAACACAGAGACAUGUUAAGAUUCCUUUGGUGGGAAAAUGGUGACCUUAAUAAUGAGAAAGCUGAAUACAGGAUGACAGCUCACCUGUUUGCAGCUACAUCAUCUCCAAGUGUAGCCAACUUUGCACUUAAGAAAGCUGCAGAUGACUACGGGUGUGGAUCUGAUGCAGCCAAGUUUGUAAGAAACAACUUUUGUGUUGACGAUGGUUUGAAGUCAGUAGCUACAAUGGAUGAAGCUGUUACUCUUAUUCAGCAGAGCAAAGAAUUAUGUUACAAGGGGGGUUUUAACCUUCAUAAGUUCUUGUCAAACAACAAAGAUGUAUUAGCUGCAAUUUCUCCUCACAAGAGAGCAGAUGGAAUUAAAAGUUUGGAUUUUAGUAAGAAUGAAGACACACUGCCUAUAGAAAGAACUUUGGGAGUUGAGUGGUGCAUAGAAUCUGAAAAAUCUGAGAGAGAGAGAAUAAUAUUGAAUCGUAUUACUUUUUUCUAUGUACUUUAAAAACCUCCCAUUAUGCAGUUUUAAAGCGCAAAUAAGCAAAAUAAAUGAGUAGAUAGAUUAGCGUGUGGUGAGGGGCUACUGCGAAUUGAGAAUGGUGAUGACAAGCUAGUGUAGAAAUAUGGUGAUGAAUGGUGAGGUGUUGUGUUGUGGUCAUUGGUGAAUUUAAAACUAGGUAAUGAGUCGAAUAAAUAUAGCUCUCUCUCUCUCUCUCUCUCUCUCUCUCUCUCUCUCUCUCUCUCUCUCUCUCUCUCUCUCUCUCUCUCUCUCUCUCUCUCUCUCUCUCUCUCUCUCUCUCUCUGUGUGUGUGUGUGUGUGUGUGUGUGUGUGUGUGUGUGUGUGUGUGUGUGUGUGCGGUAAGAAAGAAAAGGUUACUUUUUUUUUUUUUUUUUUUUUUUUUACUCCCAAAAUGUUUAACAGCUGGUAAUGAUACUUUAAUUAUUCCACUUAAUUUAAUAUGGUUUCACACUGCCAAAAAAAAAAAAAGUAAUAAUAAUAAUAAUAAUAGACAAUUUAAAAACACUUCUUUGCGUUUCAGUUGUAAUUGGUUUUUUGUUUACAUAUACGAGGAAAAGUAACAAAUUAUUAACGGUUUCAAUAAUGAUAAUAUUAGACGUAAUUUAAAAAGUAAUUUUAAUUGCACUUGGUUCGUUUUUUUUUUUUUUUUUUUUUCUUUUUUUUUUACAUAUAUAUAUAAAUGUUUGUAGAAUUGUACAUGAAGUAUUGUCUUUAUAUUAAUGUUGGAUGUGUGUUUGCAUAAAAAAAAAAAGGGGGUUUGGAUAAAUUCUUGUUUUUUAUAUAAACGUAUAGGAUUACAAUUUAGUUUUUACGCAUGUCUUUUAUGGGUUUUAAAUAUUUUCAAUGAAUUUCUUGUCUAAUUAUUUACAUUCCGCUGUUUUAUUUUUAUAAUGUGUCUUGUUUUUAUUUUGUUGCUAUGUCAGGUUUUUAUGAGUUUGUGUUUUGUUUUUAUGCAACAGAUUUUAUUUUUGAUGAUAUAAUUUCAAUAUUGUAGUUGCAAAAAUUUCCUCUGUAUAUUUGUAAUUUGGACUAUUUUUUAAUGUGUUUAUUGGUGUGUACUUCCCUGUGGUCAAUAAAUCAAUCAAUCAAUCAA